UCACGGGAAUACCAAAUAGUGCUAUUAUCGAUUUCUGUUAUCGUUGACGGAGCGAUUGCAUGGCGAAACGAGGGCUGCACAAGCACUUUUAAAAUGUCUGUAACGCUGCACACCGACGUGGGUGAUCUCAAAAUAGAGCUCUUCUGCGAUGCCUGCCCCAAGGCCUGCGAAAAUUUCCUGGCCCUGUGCGCCAGCGACUAUUACAGCGGCUGCGUCUUCAUCCGGAACAUCAAGGGAUUUAUUGUCCAAACUGGAGAUCCUACGAACACCGGAAAGAAUGGACAGUCCAUCUGGGGCCAGAAGUUCGACGACGAGUUCAAGGAGACCAUCAAGCACACUGAUCGAGGAAUGGUUUCCAUGGCCAACAACGGACCCAACGCCAAUGCCAGCCAGUUCUUCAUUACCUACGCCGCCCAGCCAAAUCUUGACUUGAAGUACACGCUCUUCGGCCGUGUGAUCGAUGGAUUCGAUGCCCUGGACGAACUGGAGAAGCUGCCCGUCAAUCCCAAGAACUAUCGUCCCCAUGUGGACAAGAAGAUCAAUGGAGUAACCAUACAUGCCAAUCCUUUGGCGACGUGAUAGAGAACACACAAAGGCCAAUCGUACGCUUAAAAUGAAAUAUAUUUAUAGCACUUAAGGUUACGCGAUUUCUUCGAUUACAGACUAAUUGAUUGAGAAACAUCAAAUAUUGUGCAAAAGUAUCUAAAGACUAAAUCUUAAAACCAGCCAAGUCACAAUUGUUUAUAAAAAAUUGCAUUGUUUAUGUAUAA